AGGGUGCGCGCCGCCGCCGCUGCCGUAGGCGCUCCCCGAGCCGACAAAGAGCGCUCGGAGCCGGCAGCCCGCGGGCGGUCACGCCGGAGAGGCGGCCCCGCGGCGGUCUCGGCCAGGCGAUGGAAGAUGGAAGGAAGCGAGCCCGCGGCAGAGACUUUUUUAUGGGUUAGCCAUGCAUCAGCACAUUCCCAGAGUGUUGCUAAAGCCAAAUAUGAAUUUUUAUUUGGUAGAUCUGAAGAGAUAACUCCAGAUAAUAGUGACCAUGGAGGAAGUACUUUACUCCCACCUAAUGUUAUCAAUGAAUUUCCAGAAUAUGGGACUAUGGAGGAAAGUGGAGAAGGGCUGAGAGCCUCUCUUGAAUUGGAUGCAGACUCUCUACCAUGUUGCCCACAAGGGCAGCAGGAGGUCCUGCCUCUUGAUGGUCAGUAUUCUGGACUUGACAGUGUUGUAGAAGGAACAGAAGAUGUCAGAGAGGUCCUCUCUGAAAGUCUUCCCAAGGAACUAAGUUUACAACCCAUUGACUCUUUAAUAACAGCUCUGAAUGUCACAGAAACCAGAAGAACUUCAGGAACAUUACAGGCUACAGUACUGAACAAAGAUGCUGUUUCUAGUUUUUCAGUUCAGCCUGUUGAAAACGAGCCAGAGACUUUCUGUGAGGGAACAGAGAGAGCCAACAAGUGUCUCCCAGCUGUACAGGAAAGAUCAUCACAUACUCCUCUUUCAGCAGAAGUUAUGAUCAAGGGGGAUUUUAACCUAAGAGUCCAGAAGGAUUUGUCUGCACCAUUAACUAGGGAAGCUCAGGCCGAACUUUUCCAAACAACUAAUAAUUUGAGCAAAGGAGCUCUAAGUGUAAAGGAGCAAGCUUGUCCUCUGUUCUCAGUGGGGAGCACAACAACACCCCCUACCUCCACAGGCAGUGCUGGUGUUCUGAGAGACUGGAGAUCUGAUGUGGAGAGAGAACACCUAGGAAGAUCUGUGGACCACUCAUGCCGGAUCAAACGUGUGGAAUUUCAAGGAGUGGAAAUACUGUCGACAGAAGAGAAAAGAGAGGCAUGUCAUACCAUGGAUUAUGAGACAUUGUUGGAGAAGCCAACUUCUGCUGAAAGCAAAGAAUUUUCUGAGGUUACAGGCAAUCUCAGACCACCUUCUGAUUUACAUAAUUCCAUUGGUUUAACUGAGAACACUUUGGAUGAACCCUGGAAGGCUCUCUCUGAGAGACCUAGUGCAAGCUCAGGCACAUUUUCCCCUGCACAUCUUAUUGAGAGUGGGGAGGAUGAAGUCUUUCUAAAGGAAAAAAAAGAGUAUCUUGAGAAGAAAGUAGAAAUGGAGAUUGUCAAGGAGAGGAAUUUUGAGAGAGGGGAACAUUUUAGAGAAGAAAACGAUGAUGUCCUUGGACCAGGGUAUACAGAGGACUCCACUGACGUCUACAGCUCCCAGUUUGAGACCAUUUUGGACAACACUUCUUUAUACUACAGUGCUGAGUCGUUGGAGACAUUAUACUCAGAGCCUGAUAGCUACUUUAGCUUUGAAAUGCCUCUCACGCCAAUGAUACAGCAGCGCAUUAAGGAAGGUGGUCAGUUCCUGGAGAGAACAUCUGCAGGAGGACAGCAAGAUGUCCUGGGUGUCUCAGCAGACGGAGGAAUUAUGAUGGGCUAUUCCAGUGGACUCCUCAAUGGGCUGAAUGAUGCUAGCGACUCCAUCUAUGUGAAAAGUAGCCCGGAAAUUGCUUUCUGGGAUAGCAAUGCUGGUGUGAAAACAUCCCUGCUCGAGCCUCAGUCUGAAAUGGGAAGCACUGACAUUCUGGAAAAGGACCCCUCAGGACGCCUCAGCAAUGGCACCAACUGCAGUGUGGAAGCAGCCAGAAGGCUGGCCAAACGUCUUUACCAGCUAGACAGGUUUAAAAAGUCAGAUGUUGCAAAGCACCUGGGCAAGAACAAUGAAUUUAGCAAACUUGUUGCAGAAGAGUACCUGAAGUUUUUUGAUUUUACUGGAAUGACGCUGGAUCAGUCUCUCAGGUAUUUCUUUAAAGCAUUUUCUCUUGUGGGAGAAACUCAGGAACGAGAGCGAGUUUUAAUACACUUCUCCAAUAGAUUUUUUUAUUGUAACCCAGAUACCAUAGCUUCACAAGAUGGAGUUCACUGCCUGACCUGUGCAAUGAUGCUGCUUAAUACAGAUCUCCAUGGCCAUAAUAUUGGUAAAAAGAUGACCUGCCAAGAAUUUAUUGCAAAUCUUCAAGGGGUAAAUGAGGGAGGUGAUUUUUCAAAAGAUCUACUGAAAGCUCUGUAUAACUCAAUCAAGAAUGAGAAGCUUGAAUGGGCAGUAGAUGAUGAAGAGAAAAAAAAAUCUCCAACAGAGGGUACUGAUGAGAAGGCUAAUGGAACACAUCCAAAGACCAUCACUCGUAUUGGGAGUACAACCAACCCCUUCUUGGACAUUCCUCAUGACCCCAAUGCUGCUGUGUACAAGAGUGGGUUCUUGGCUAGGAAAAUCCACGCGGACAUGGAUGGAAAGAAGACUCCAAGAGGAAAGAGAGGGUGGAAAACCUUUUAUGCUGUGCUGAAAGGAACAGUUUUGUACUUGCAAAAGGAUGAAUUCAAGCCGGAAAAGGCACUGUCCGAGGAGGAUCUGAAAAAUGCAGUGAGCGUGCACCACGCACUGGCAUCCCGGGCCACAGACUACGAUAAGAAACCCAACGUGCUCAAGCUCAAAACCGCCGACUGGAGAGUCUUGCUCUUUCAGGCCCAGAGUCCAGAGGAAAUGCAAGGGUGGAUAAACAAAAUUAAUUGUGUCGCAGCUGUAUUUUCUGCACCACCCUUUCCAGCAGCCAUUGGAUCUCAGAAGAAGUUUAGUCGUCCUCUUCUGCCUGCAACUACGACAAAAUUAUCUCAGGAAGAACAGCUAAAAUCUCAUGAAACCAAGCUAAAACAGAUUACCACUGAGCUGGCUGAGCAUCGUUCCUAUCCCCCAGACAAGAAAGUAAAAGCCAAGGAUAUAGAUGAGUACAAACUGAAAGAUCACUACCUGGAGUUUGAGAAAACCCGCUAUGAAAUGUAUGUCAGCAUUCUCAAGGAAGGAGGCAAGGAGCUCCUGAGUACCAAUGAAAGUGAGACUUCAGGACUGAAGAAAUCACAUUCCAGUCCUUCACUCAACCCAGAUUUAUCCCCAGUCACUGCCAAGGUUAAACGUAAUGUGUCAGAAAGAAAAGAUCAUCGACCUGAAACACAAAGCAUUAAGCAAAAAGUCACUUAAAAUCCAUUGGUGACCAGGGAGGUCUGGUCAUGGAGCACAAAGGGUUUUUCAAGAUUUUUCUGGUCGAUCCGUGAAUAUAUUUUAAAAAAAUUUCUGUGACUAAAUGGUGCAUUAGUAGCUUCCUCUAUUGUGUAUUUUGUUAGUUUCUGUAAAGAUUGUCUCUUUGCUCUUAAUUUCUUUGCUUUGAUGAUUUUUUCACUUGGUAACUAAUGCACCUUUUGUGGUGGGGAGGGAAUUAUGAUUUCAAAAUGAACUUAUAUAUCCGUUCUCUUUUAGUUUUUCCAUGUUUGCACUCUUCUGAGUUGUUUUAUGUAUUCUUAAAUCAGCUGUUCCUCUGUUUUUGAAGGUUAAAAAGUUGAUCUAUUGUGAAACUCUUAACUGGAAAAACGUUGUAGUUUAGUAAAUUUUAGCCAGAGUUAACAUAAACCUUUUUUUGUGGAAUCUUGCCUAGUCACAGAGAUGGAUUGAGCAGUCACAGAAGUUCAGUUAAGAUUACAGUUUGGAAAUUGAGAUGUUCCAACGUGAUGUAAGUUAGCACUUGUUCAGUUCUUACCCUGCUGGAAGUAGAGAAAGGGAGCAUGAAAGUGGCAGGACUAGAGAACAUAAGAAGUAUACUUAGUUGCUUAAUGUGUUGAUUCCAUUUUAACCUCUGAACAAAAGAGGAAAUGGAAUCUUUUUGCCAUUUAUGGUUAAGGAAAGACUGACACAGAGUUUAUUUUGUUUUCCAAAAGGCAGUGGUAUAAUCAACCCCUGUGGAACUGCAACAGUUAGUUAGGUGAGUGAGUGAGUGGUCUGCAGAAAUGUUUACCUCAUUCCAGAAGUCUACACUAGGCAUCUAGAAUCAUCUCCUUUGUCAGUACUCUGCCCUCUGGGAAAGGCUUUUUUAAAGCAUAUAAGUAUAUAUAAACACUGAUGGAGUUGUGCAUGGGGUAAUCUCCUGAUUAUAAUACUAGUUUAGUCUUCCUAACAAAAUUAUGUUGAAAACAGUACUCCUUUUGUUCUUUCAUUGAUCAUGACAAAUAAGAUAGGGAAAGGUAUCUGCAGCAGGCCAGCAAUUAAAAGUUAUUUCAGAUAAGUCUGAAAGUCAUAAUUUACUGAAUUUAAUUGGAAAAUAGAGAAAUCUAGUUGUACAUGCAAUCAGUGUACUUCUUUUAUCUGUCUUGAAUUAGUUCAUUUUACUACUUUCUGCUAAAAAUAGUUUAUUCUAGAUAGUUUUUUAUUCAAAAUCGUUCAUGAUCUUGUUCCAGUGAUGGCCCUUCAAAUUCUAGUAUGGUAGAGUACAUUCUUUUAUAGAAUAGAAAGGGGUGAAAAUUGAGUCCAUUAGGACUUAAUGAUUUUGAAACCUUCUAACUUUGUGUUCUUAAAGCUAUAAUCACUACAAAUGGUGCAAUCUCUAAACCAAUGGAAUAAUUUUUAGUAUCUUUUACUCACACUGAAAUUUGCUCUCUACUCAGUAUUUAAAGGUACUAUGGCCAAAGAAUAAAUGAAUGAGAGAAAAUAUAUUAAAUAGUUUCUACUGGUAUGUUGUCCUAUGUACCAAACUUUAGUUCCAGAAUGAUUUAUUGACAUUUUUUCCUUUAUCUAGAUAAAUCCCCAUAUUUGCUGGUAUCUGGAAAAGAAUAAAUAAUCUUUAAGGUUAAUACUACCUGGUAGUGAUAAGUGUCUAGCUUAUGCUUAGAAAACUCACACUCUCUUGCUUAGGUAGAGACAAUGACUAAGGUAAUCAAGAAACAAAAUUAGCUACCUAUAUGGACCAUUGCACCAAGUUCAUUUUUAGAGCUUCCAAAAGAAUUCAGAUUUUCACAGUGGAAUUCUUUUUUUCUUUCUACAAUCUGAAUAAUCAGCCUGUUUGUUUUCUUCCUAGAUACUUAUCCUGAGCAAAGUGGGGAGAUGUGUCUGAACAAUGUCAUACCUAAACUAUAAUAAUUAAAGAAAAUAGAUGUUUAUGACAGGCUUGAAUUUUUUUUGCCCAUAAUGUGUGUAUGUAUAUAUCUAUAGUGUCUCUUGUACUUAAAGUAAGUAGUAUACAUGGAAUGGUACGUGCUACACUGUCUGCUCUGUGUUCUGAGAUGCCCACUCGCCUCGCAGCACCACAGUGCUCUCCCUGUCCUCAGACCCAUGAGUUACCUCCAGGAACCUCCAGGUGUGCUGAGAGAUGACUAGCUGAGAAGAGCACUUUGGAAGCUAUAAUGAAUUGUUUGCAUAGUUACACUUUAAAACAACUAUGGACUUUAUUUUUUGAAACAGGAUUAUAGUUUGCCUUGGCAUGAUGUUCAUUGCACCUUAUAGGCCAAGUGUAUCCUGGAACUGACCCCCCUAAUUUGACAUAACUCUAAGAAACUUGCUCAUAUCUAGCCACAUAGCUUUUAUAAUAAUUUCUAUCCUAUAGUUUCUUGUCAAGAGAGAUAUAAUAUAUUUCCGUUCACAGGUAUCCCAGCCUGAUUCUCAAUUCAGGGUCCAAGGGAGUUUUCCUCCUCUGCUCCUUCUGCAGAGACUCUGCCUUCCCCUUCACCCUCACCCAUGCCUCAGCAAUGGGAGCCUUGGGAGUUCUAUCCAUUUGAUUAGUCAUUAUUCAUCUUCACACAAACACAGCUUAUGGUCAUUUUAGUAUAGAAAAUCUUGAUAUAUAUCAGGAUACCUUGUUUCAGUUACAUGAUUAUCUUUUAAAAAAUGACCAUAGUAGUGGCCCAUGUGGCAAAUGUUUGGGUAGCACUGUAGCACUGUCCUCCAGUUGUUCGUCAAUUUGAUCAAGCGGGCACCAGUAACGUCUCCAUUGUGAGACUUGUUACUAUUUUUGGUAUAUCGAAUACACCAUGGGGAGCUUGUGAGGCUCUGCCAUGUGGGCAGGAUACUCUCGGUAGCUUGCCGGGCUCUCCAAGAGGGAUGGAGGAAUUGAACCCAGGUCAACCACAUGCAAGGCAAAGGCCCUACCCACUGUGCUAUCACUCUUGCCCAGUGUUUGAGUAUUUCAGGUUUUCCAUCACCUAGCAUGGUUACUUUGAAACGAAGGUCUCAUGCGCUCCCAAGUUAGCAAUCAAAACUUAAUUGCAAGCAUAAUGCAUUUUUACUUUGUUGACAGGUCAUAGACAUUACUUGACUGUAUACUUUUUAAAACAUUUUGCUAACAUUUAAAAACACCCAGUUAGAACUGGAGCAAGAGCCCUUGCCUCGCAUUCAGCUGACCCUAGUUCAGUCCCCAGCAUCCCAACGACUCCUAAUGCCUCUCAGUAGUGAUCUCUGAGUGUAGAGCAAGGAGGGGAGUAAGCCUUGAGCACUGCAGGAUAUGACCAAAUUUAAAAAAAAUCCAAUAAAACAUUAUGCAUUUUUAAUAUAUCUCAGUAAAAACAAUUUGUGGGAGAAUCUUCAGGUAUUUCCUGGAUCCUUGGUAAAAAUAGAAAGCACUAUACAAGAGCUUCCUGCUUUUCUGAUUCUUAUCCUAUUGCAGAAGAUGAGGACAAUUUUCUAGUCAUAACUGAUAUGAGGAAAUUAAUUCUGCAAAGGGAAGAUGUAUUGGCCUUACAAAACCACCCUGGAGUUUAUAUCUUGAGUUUGUACUUUAUUCUGUGGCCAAAUCCAAAAUUCUGAGGCUACAGAAGAUUUGUGUACCUCGGAGGGAAGGAAACCUUUGCAACCUAAGCACAGAAUCAGUUUUCUGAUUGCCCUGGCCUCCUAAGGCAAGCCCUAUUUUGUGCAUGAACUUGCAUCUCAUAGACAAAUUGAAGGAAAUUUGCCUUUAAAAUGUUUCUCCACUAUCUUAUUACCAAGACUUCUUGGGUUUAGUUCAUUUGUUGUGGGAAUAUGAAUUACUUUGGCAUUUUUCCUGGUAGUCGUUGGCCAUUCUUUUUGAAGGAUGAUUUAUCUUUAUAGGUCCAAAUUUCUGCAACUAAAUUCUUGGAGACCUCAGUUUUUCAGUAGGUUAGUAGUCACCUUCCUUCAUUUUAUUGGUAAAUAAUCCCUUCAGUUUUCAGGUAGCAGUUGUGAAAAGUUUUAAAAUAUUUUUUUGUGAAAUUAACACCCUUCAAAAACAUAAGUAACAUCCUAGAACUAUUGAGAGUCUUUAACUGCAUGUAACCUUGGGUUUAAAUAGUAUCUGCUUUUCUCACAGAACUUUGUUACUCUGACAGAAAAAGAUAGUCAGCCUUGUAGACCCAUAAGUCUCUGGGUCUACCUUGCAACAGAGCUUUGCUCUCUUUUCAGUCAGUCUACAAGUUGGCCUAAAUGAAUAGAUAUCAAUAGUGUCAAUAGAUUGUUACACUUUACACCAUCAAGUCAUCUGAAGAAAAUUAGAGAGAGAGCAUUUCACCACAACAUAAUCUCCCCAAGUAAUCAAGAAGUGCCCUGGCAUGACUUUUCUCAGGUUCCAUUUUAAUGUCUCACUCUAGAAAAGAGGACUGAGGUGCAGUCAUUGCCAUCUCUUUUCUAUAACUCUGGUAUCAACCUAAGGGGCAGCCUCCUUCUCAGAACAAGAGGGGAUCAUUGCACAUAGAGAAACUGUGUUUGUAGAGAGAUUGUCAAUAAAUACUUGAACCUGCAUGACAGUUUGAUGACUUGAAAGUAACAGCAAGAAAUAUUUCAAGCUAAGUAUUUUUAUAUUCAGUUGUCUCUUUGGCUCAUCCUUUCUAGCCUACAUGUAUAUGUAUUGUAUCAGGCUUUUGGCAAAUAAUCAUUUAUGUAGUAUUCAAACAUCAAAGAAAAUGCUUUUUGUCAUCUUCUGUGUAUUUUUGGGUAUUUAUAGUUGUAUGUAUAUGUAUCUAUGUGUAGAUUGUAUAUAAAUAUGUGUAUAUCAAAUUAAUUUUGUUCUUAAUAACCAGUAUGAUAUGAAAAGUAAGUAAAAAGCUCAUAGGAUUGAGCUUAUAAUAUAGAUACUGAGAGUAUAUAUAGCGGUACUAUAUGUUGAACUUAAAUUCAAAUGAUAUUUUGAUUAAAUAUUAAUAAUAUUUUAUGCUAGAAAUUUCAUCCUUGAAUUUUGAAUCACUAAGGCAAAGUGGAUUCUGAAUUUAUUUUGCAAAACAAUUUCAGUGUACUAUAUAAGAAAUCAAGGGAAUAGCAAAGAAAGAAAAUAAGUCUUUGUGUAGUCUUACUAUAACUUCAGUAUUAAGAACACUUAAAUAUAAAGUCAAGCUGACAAUUUUGGACUUAUUACAAAAUGUGAUGCUUUAAAGCUCACGUUCUUUAUUGUUGUAAUUAGUCCAUAGUCUAGAACUUUCAGGAAAAGUAAAUUAAUACCUAUCAUCAUUGUACCUGUGUCUGUACAGUUCCAGUAGAUCAAACCACUUUUCUAGCACCCUCUUCAUUUUAAAGAAUGACCCUCUCCAUUGUAAAGAAAUUAAGGAUGCUGAAGUUUGUCAGGACUUCCCAAGAUAUUGGGUACUGUAUUCUAAGUUUAUAGUUGCACACAUUAGCAUUUAGGUAAAAGAAUUUAAGAACAGAUUGUGGGUUAUGUUAAAUCUUUAUUUAAUAUUUUUAUACGUAGGUUUCUUUUCCUGCCUUUCCCCAAAGAAGAGCCACUGGCCUUAGUUGUUUGAGCUUAUUGCUUAUCUUCUAGUGUGUAAAUAGAUAAUUAGAGAUUAAAAUUUUAUUAACCAGCAUGUUGGAUGUAUUUAAAGCAACAAGUGAGUCUGUUUGAGUGAGUAGUAUUUGUUUUAACAUGCUGCCUCAAAUUCUUUGUAUCUAAUGACAGUUGGUGUUGAGUGGGAGACUAAGCUUAGACUUUAGGCUGCAGUGAUGUGUUGGUUGUUAGGCUUGAGAUAUUUUAAUAAUUAACUCUAUAGUCUUGAACUAUUUUUGCAGAUAUGUCAUAUUUCUUCAUUUGUUCUUGACACACUAUGAACUAGCUCUGUGAUCAGCAAGAUCUUAAUUCUGCAAGAAUAUGUUUUCUUCUAAAAAUUGAGUGAUUUUGCAAAAUGACCAUUUAAUUGAGAAAUUACAUAAAAAAGAAAAAUUCAAUGUUUUAUUUGGGUCUUUCAUUAUUUGAAAUAUUUGUAUUUAUAAAGCCAUGUCGGUUGUAAAGCCAAGCAACCAUUAAACAUGAAUGACAACAGCCCUGUGUAUAAUGAUUUUCAUUAUCAUUAAGGGUACAUUUUGAGCUUUAAGAAUAAGACUAAUAAGAUCAAACUAAACUGAGGAGUGAGGGAUGAAAAAGAUGUGAACUAGUUGCUUUUCAUCUGGAGUAGUUAGUUUUUCAUUCCUGAGAAACUCAGAGCCAGUUCACUGUCCCCCUUGAAGUGUAAAUAGAAAGGUACUUGUGCCUGGAGCCUCGCGUUGGUAAUGUGCGCAUGGAUGCAUAGUGAACAUUUUUAAAAUCCAAAUUGAAAGCACAAAAGGUUUAAAUUUCUACAGAAGUGAUGGGCAGUGGAAAUGGGAACUGCAUCACAUGAGUAUUUCCCAAGGGCUAGAAGGAUAUGUGAACCCUGAGAAACAGCCUUUUAAACAAAUCAGUGAGAGAAUGCAUAGCACGUUCUUUCCAGUGACCUGCCAAAUAAGUGACUUCUUAUACCCUAAGAUGCAUCCUGCAGUAUCUGAGAUGGAGGGUUAUUGGGAGUAUAGACUGGUGUAGUUCAAACUGUUGUCAAGGGUGACAUUGCUGCUUACUCUGAAAAGCAUCCCUUUGAGAAAAGAAAACAGAUACAGUGAAAAAUGUAGCAUAAGAGCAGUUGUGGGUUAUCCACACUACUCUUUAAUCUGCAUGCUAAAAGUUUAGGCAGUUUUCCACCAGCAGUCACAGAUAGGAAGGAAAUGGAAAAGGACCUCACUAAAACGUAUUUUCCUAAACUAAGCUCUCAAGAAUGGUGUUAGAACCAAAUUUCGUGAAAAUGUUGGCUUAUGGAUAUUUUGGAGUUUCCCUUAAACUAUGUCCCAGUAGUCUAUAUAGCUGAGUCUUCACACAAUCCCAGGAGAGUUUCAGAUACAGAGCUAAUUGUUAAGGACAGCAUUUGCAAGUUUGAGACCCCAGACACUGAGUUCUGGAUCCUGGGACAUGGCAGAGACAUAAUGUAUUCUCUCUGCAAACAAGAGCUACUCCCAUUUACUUCCCCCACUGGGAUUUCUACUAAGUAAUAGAACAUCCUGGGUUACACAUUCUACUUCUAGCACUUGUUAACUAGCUGUCUCAAUCAGUUGGCCAUGGUGAGUGAAGAUACCAGCUCAAGAAUGCUAACUCUGGCUCUCCUUCAAGCCCGUGCUCUCCAUUAACAAGUAUAUCACUUGCUUCUCUCUCUGUACCUUUGCUUGCCUCUUUCCACUCUAGAGAAGCCUGUGUUCUCUUUUGCACACAUUUUUCUUCCCUUGUAUAUUUCUAAAUAAGUUUUAAUAAAACUAUAGGAAGGAAGGAAGGAAGGAAGGAAGGAAGGAAGGAAGGAAGGAAGGAAGGAAGGAAGGAAGGAGAGAAGAAAGUUCUUUAGUUAACGUAUGACAAUGGAAUUCAGAAAAGUUCCAACAACGGCCUAAAUCCCAUUUUGCCUUUGCAAGAAGCAAGCUGUAUCACUGAGCUGAAUUCUAUCCUAUAGAUAUUGUGUCACUGAGCUGAAUUGUAUCCUAAUAUAUAAACCUUUCCUUUAAACCCAAGAUUUCUGGUACUAGUUGUUUAAUUUUUGUGGGAAGGGUCAAGGAAUACUAAGACCAUCACUUACCCAUUUUUUCCUCUGGUAAAUGUGGCCUUAGAGAAAGGCCUUAAUGCCUCUUUAUAUUUUUAUUUCUACCUGAAAUUAUAGAAAUUCAUUCCAGAAGAGCAGUUUAUAUGAGUAUAAAAUGAGACUGUUUGCCCUGAUUAUGUUGUACAAGCCGAGGGUUGUAGUUUAUGUCUUUUAAACUUAAACAAGGUUCUAAUUUUUCUUACCUAUUAACUAGGUUAUUUACUAUGAUUUUAACUGUAAAGUUUCUUUCAUUAAUCAUCUCAUUCUCAUUGCAGUCCUGUUACAAGUUUUGAAUGUUGUUAGUGAUGAAAUAGCAGCCUACUUAUUUUCAGCAGCCAAAUUUUCAACAUUAGCAGACAUGGGUUAGCUAGUGAUAUAAUAUCAUGUACUAGAAACCUGUUCCAUAUUAUCACCCACCAAAUUCAAAAAGCCGUCUCCUUGAAUGGUAUUUAAGUGGGACAGUAAUGUAUGUUAAUAUUAUUAAAGUCUUUAAAGAAUAUUUUGAAAAUUAAGUUUACAUUUUACAGUUGCUUUAUUUUUAUUAAAAUAAUUGUAUAUAAAUAUUAUCAUAUUUCUUUAUUGAAGUAAACCUAAACUUUGUAGGCCAGUGUGUUGGCUGAUACGUAUAGAAGCUGUAAUAUAAAAAUCGUACAUUUCUUUAUUGUGUAAAUGUUCAUGGAUAUAAUUGUUCCUGUGUUUUUAUAAGUGAGGGAUAUUUUUUUUGUUUUGACAACAAAACUUUAUGCAUUUAAAUGGUUUUUAUGUAAUAGAAAUCAUGCAAAAUAGUAAAGGAUUGAAAAUAUGUAUAUGAUAUAUGUACAAACUUUAGGAAGAAAUAAAUCCAAAUUUCAAUCAA